AUGAGGAAUCCAGAUGAAAGCAAGUCUAAUUAGUCUCCCUCGAAGGAUAAGCAAUAUGCCAUUAGAUUAGAAAUUGAAGUGGGAAAUGAUAUCAACUAUUGCGAUAAACCCUUUUCAAAACCAAAGGAUAUCUAAAAUGAGUUUAUUAAUAAUAGAAAGGAGAACAAUUAUCAAGGCAACUUGAUUGGUGAUGAUAUUGAUGUUGAAAAAUAAAUAACUGAAAGGGAGGAAAUCGGGAAUGAAUACAGCAUUAAUGAUAAUCAAAGACAUAGUUUUAUAAAUGCAAUGGAGAGUAUUCACUAGGAAUAGGAUUAAUAGCAGGUUGAUAAAGAUACAAAGAUUGAUGGCUAAAUCCAACAAUAGAUUAAAGCGGUAUCUGAAUAAAUUGAUACCUCAUCAUCUAUUGUUGCAUCUCAAAAUCAAAAGCAGGGAUAAAAGUAUCUCUACUAUAUAUAUGGUGGUAACUAUCCUGAGACAGUGUUUGAAUCUUUAUUAAACAGAGGUAAUUGGUAAGAAGCAAAAGAAGAGGAUAACAUAGAAAAAUGCCAUUUUCUAUGGAGACCAUUUAAUUACCCUCCUGAUGGAUAUAAAAGAAUCGAUAAGAGGAUUGUCAGAAAUCCUAAUAUCUUCAUUUACAAUCACUUUGAAGUGCUUAAAGGUCUGACUACAAAGUCAGGACUGGUAAGAUCUCUCAAGUAGUAUUACUUUAAUAAUGAACUAGCAAGGGGCGCUGGAUAUUCUAUCUUCGAUUCGACACCUACGACAUUUUUACUUGCAUCAGGUGUUGAAGAUGCGGAGUAUACUGAAAUGGCUUGUAGAUAUAGAGAUUUUCAGAGAGGAUAUGCACCUAAGGAAAGAAUACCAAUAAAGCAUUGUGUAAAUAAUAUCUGGCUUGUGAAGCCAUCGAAUGCUAACUAAGGUAGAGGGAUUGAAAUAUUCUCAGACUUAGAGGAUUUACAAACUUUUGUUGCAUCAAGACCUUAGUUCACUUGUUGUGUAGUUUAGAAAUAUAUAGAAAGACCACUUCUCUUUAAAGGAAGAAAAUUUGAUAUUAGAGUUUGGGCAUUAUUUACACAUAAACAUGAAGUAUUUAUGUAUAAGCAUGGCUACUUAAGGACAUCUUCUGAUGACUAUAAUCUUUAAAAUGGUAACAAUUAUGUGCAUUUAACUAAUAAUUGUCUGCAAAAGUAUGGAGAAAAUUAUGGAGUCCACGAGGAUGGAAACACUGUAGGGUUUUAGGUUUUACAGAACUUUUUGGAUGAAAAUUACCCUUAAUACAAGCUCAAUGUGUAUGAGCAUUUCGUCCCAAGAAUGAAAGAUCUAAUCAUAGAUUCCUUUUUAGCUACAAAAUCACAGUUAAAUCCAAACAGAAGAAAACAUUGCUUUGAAUUACUUGGUUAUGAUUUCCUAAUAGAUGAAGAUUUUAGACUGUGGAUGAUUGAAAUAAACACUAAUCCAUAUUUUGGUGUACCUAAUGUGUUUAUAGCCAAUUUAUUACCUAAAUUGAUGGAUGAUCUUCUCGAUAUAGUUGUUGAUCCUAUUUAUCCUCCUCACCACAAACCAGAAAAUUGUAAACUUCCUAAUGAUUUUGAGCUAUUGUAUUGUGAGUCUAAUACCACUUUCAGCUCCCAACCAGUGAAUAUUAGAAGAUCAUUUUCAACUUGUUUGUAUCCAGUACCGGAGCUCAUUUAAGUAGUUGGCCCUAAAGCCCCUAGAUAAGAUCUAAGGUAUUUGAAGUAGUUUAAGAUUUCUAACUUGACCCUCUCAACAAUUACCUACAAAAAGAAGAAGGACCCUUAAUCUAAGGAAGUGAAUGAGCCAUCAACCGUGUAAUCACCUACAAUGAAGAGUACUACUAACAGAUCAAAGAGCGCAACUGGUUAGAAGAAUUUGCACCAUCAUCAAUAGUAAAUAUCUAGCUAAAUCGGAACUCCUAACUCUUUCAUGAAUAAAACAUCUAGAAGUAGAUCUUCCUUCAAAAACUAAAUUAUCAUUAACUAAUUGAAAUCAAAUAGCAUGUUCUAGACCUAGAUUAAUGGCUAAUAAACUAGGAGUAAUAACUCUGAUCUCAAAAGUGUCAUGGAUUGCAAGUCACCUUAAAAAAAUUAAACAAUCCAAAGCAAUAAUGCUAUGACUAGUCAGUAAUAGAAAAAUAUUUAGGUAUUUUAAUAAGCAGCUGGUCUUAAUAGUCACUUGAAGACUCCUAAAUAUAUCUAAAACAAAAAGAGUAUGAUCAAUACCUCAAAUAGUGCUUAAAUCAUUAGAAGUAGUGCGCCUUAAACAUAAUCAGAUAGAGCAGCCGCUGGAACACCAAUUGAUAGGAAAAAAGGACCAGUAGUGAAUCUAAAUUCAAGAGAUAACUCACCAAUCUAGAAUAGAUCUCCAGCUUAACAGAAACUAAAGCUUAGCUAAACUAUAGUAACUAUUCAUUCUUAGAGCAGAUAAUAAACAGUAGCUUCUUAGUAAUAAUAGCUAAACUCUUUAUAAAAUACCACAGCAACAUAAUAAAAUACUUCUGCCUAGAAUAUCUAAAAUAUGAGUCCGUUUACUUUCUAGGAAGAGAAAUUAUUAAGUAAAUUCAACAGCAGUAGCAACAUCACGAAUAGAAAUGAGAAUAAUGACUUGACUUAAGAACAGCUGAAUAGACUCUUUAAAGCCUAGAUUGAAAAUAUUAGAAAUAAUAAAUCUGAUGUAGAUAAGGUUUAAAGAGCUUUAGACUUGAUCUCUAUUAUAUUUGAUAACGUUGUCUUAAGAUCAUUGUAACUUGACUAUAUGAUUAGCGAGCUCUUGAAAUUCUUGGAAGAUGAGCAGUAGUCAUUAAAAUAAUAGUAAACAAAGAAUGGUGCCUAUCAUCUUCAACAAGUCAUAGAUUUAUUGGUGAAGUUAUCUGAAAAACUUUCACUCAAGCUCAUUCUGGCUAAAAACAAAAAUUCCUCUUAAUUAGUUCAAUUCUACUUCGCUACUAAUGAGUAGGUACAAUAGAAAGUACUUCUUAUUCUAAAUAACAUUUCUUGCAUUUCUCCAAUUAGCAAUAGACACUCAUCUCCAUCUUCAAUUCAAAAGUAAAUUCUGAGACAAGAAAACUAAGGAAUAUAAGUAGUAAAGAAGCAAUUGCAAAGUAAAUGCUUAGAUAAUGGACUGCUAUUACUUCAGCUUAUAAUUAAGCCUGAAUAUGUAGAAUUUGUGGAGUUAACCUAGGGUGAUUCUAUAACAUUGCUGUCUCAACUAGGUCAAAUUGAACAAAAAUACGAAGAAUAGCCAUUUAGCAAAUAAAAUUUACUUAAUAAUGAUAUCUCCUCUAUUAACGUUGAUUCCUUUUAGAAUAGUGCAAGAUAAAUUGGUACUGAAGGUAAUGAAAUAAUCUUAGAUAGUGAUGCUAACAGAUUUAAUGAAAAUGGAGCUUCCCCUAUGCAAAUCAAAUUUGAAAUAACCAACACUGGCUCCUAAAACUUUUACCGUGAUUAAAUACCAAUGAGUUCAGAACCAAAUUUGAAUAUGACGGAUAAUUCGUUUGAGAAGCAUAUAAAAAAUGAAAUAGAACCUUAGAAAUAAAAUGGAAAGCCAGAUAAAAUGCAAGUUGAUAUGACUGAAAGUGCAGAGAUCAAAGUAUCAUAAAUUGCUUCCAGAAAUUCAUUUGGUUUCUAGCUAGAUCAAAAUCUCAAAAAAUCAAUGCUAAAUCAGUAGUUAGCAAUGAUCCAAAAUUAUGCUAAAAGAUUUAAUAAUUAGAUCCUUAUUAAAAGUCUUGAAGACAGAUUAGAGAGACUUAUCAUUGAAGCUAAUGAAAAAUAUAUGAGAGAAUAAAAUCAAAAAUCCUUAAGCCCAGAUAGAUUGUCAGCAAAAUUAAAGGAGCCAGCAGUUAUAAAAAUUUCUAGUGAAGCAUAAAAGAAUAAGUUCAAGCAAUAUGAAAGCCCCUUUAAAAAAUCUAUCAAGAGUAGCCCUUAAUUAGUAAAAAAUCAUCAAAUUGCUUAGUCUAUCAAAGAAUAUGAGACUCCUGAGAAGAUAGACAAUAUUAAUAUACUGAAACUAAGCAAUAAAGGUUCAUUUAUUGAAGAACAAAAUAAAUCUGUUUCAAAUGGCCUCAGUAACACCUAGAUAAUCAACUAAAAUGCGAAUCACAGUUUUAAUAAUUACUAAGCAAGUUUGAGUAUGAGUACCAAUAAUUUAAAUGUGAGCUCAAUUUCAAAUCAAAGGUAAUAAUUGACUAAGAUAUAGCCAGCAGAAGAGUAAAUUAUACACUCAAAAACUGUAAAGAAGCCUGCUCAAAAUGCAAUAAAGUAUGCUCCUAUUUUGAGGGCUAAGUAAGGACUUAUGCCUACAGGAAAAGUCAUUUCAAAUUAAAAGACUUCAAGUCAGGCCUAAUUAGAUAGAAAAGAUGAAGCGAAAGUAGCAAGAGGAAGAACAGUUGAGAGAAGACAAGCCUAUAGUGCUAAAAUCCAAACUUAGCUAUAUCAACCAGAUUCUCAAAGAAAAAAUGAAGUAAAAGUUAAAGCUUAAUUCUAAUAUAAUAACUUCUAUCCAGACAAUUUCAGCCCAGAGAAAUCAGAUAGAGAAGUUAAGCAAAUAAAAAAUGAUACAACUCUUGGGCAAAUAAACUAAAAAAUAAAUGAUCUUUAACAAAAUUUAAACCUAAUGAGUCAGUAUACCUCUAGUAAUAAGCUCAGAAUUACUUCUACCAAAGUCUAUCAGAAUCCAAAUAGUCACAGAGAAAGAGAGGAAACUAAGGACUCUAAUAAUAAAAAUAAUAUUGUUGAGAUGAUAAACCUCUACUCUUAGGGAAGUAUUGAUAGUGGAGUUAAUUCUAAAAGAGAUGAAGAGUACAACUAUAAGUCUAACUACAGUAGUGUUGAGGCAACUCCAAACAAAAUUAUAAUGUCAUCAAAGCAAAUUCUUGCAUCUGAAAAAAAUCUUCAAUACUACAAGAGAGGAACUCAAGUUAGUCAAAACAGAAAAAGUUUCAAUAAGCUUAACACAAAUAAGAACUAUUAUCAAUUCAAUAAUGAUCAUUUAAAUAGCAACAACGGCGAUAUUUAGUCAAAUUAGCAGAAUUCAUUAUCCCAAAAUUUCAUAAAGUAGAGAAAAGGUUCAGCAAUUGAAAUCAAUAAGAAGAACAGUAAUUAUGGCCUCUAUUCACCAAGUAACACCAAGUCAUCAUAAUAAUUCAAUAUUGAAAGUGCUUUUACUAAAAUAGAGAGAAAAAGAGAUAAUUCAAAGAACAGGAGGUUCACAAUGAACGGAAAGAAUUGA